AUGUCGUCUGCUGCAAAGGCCUCGGCCUCUUGGGCGAGUGUGGUGCAGAAGGAGGGCGAGGCGGCCGAGGGCAAGGACAAGGAUAAGGGCAAGGGCACGGCUGACGGCCCGACUACAGACUCGCUGGCAAGCGCAUCCUCGUCACAGGCCACCACUCAGAGGCCACCGCGCCCGCGGAGGCGCUUUGUCUCGGAAGAAGUGCCUGGCGAGGCCGACAGGGCUCGCCGCGCGGGUGGCGGUGGAGCGCGUGGGCCGCGGGCAAGCGCGGGCAAGGCGCCUGCUCCCGCCAAUCCCUCUGACCGCUGCACAAACACGUGGCGCAACGGCAAGGGCGGCAAGUCGCGGAACAACGGGAACAGCGGCGGAAACGGCGGAAAGUCCGGCGGCCGGCGCAACAACUGGCGCAAGCGCAACGGGCGCACCUCGUGGUCAUCCGACGCCGAGCGCGGCCGGGCUCAGCGUCACAACGGCGGCGGCCGCAACGGCGGUGGCCGCAACGGUGGUAGUCGCAACGGCGGUGGUCGCAACGGCGGCGGCCGCAACGGCGGUGGCCGCAACGGCGGUGGCCGCAACAGUGGCGGUGCCCCGCCGCCGUCGUCGUCGCACGAGCAGUCGAACCGCGGGACGGCCAAGAUCUCGCGCCGCCGCUCGCGCCGUGCCCGCUCGUCUUCGUUCAUCCCGUUCAUGGACCUCGACCCCGAAGUGGUUGCCACCGCUGUGGCGGUGACCAACUCGGCAGACCGGCCCGAGCGCGCAAAGUCGCAGGAGCCGGCCCACGCCGCGCCCGGCCGCAAGCGGCGCGCAGGCUUUACCAUGACCUUGCAGGAGACCUCCGAGUUUGUCUCGUCGCUCGCAGAGUCAGUCGCCACAGACUCCAAGUCGCCCGACUCGAGCCUAGUCCGCUCGCUCUCGGGCUCGUCCGAGUCGCCCGAGACCUCGGACCUGCUCCCGUACAAGUGGGUCUUUUGGUUUGACGAGUGUCCGUGGAAGGGCGUCUCCACCGAGGAGUUUGACGAGUCGCUCCGCGUCGUUGGCUCGUUCGCCACCGCCACCGGCUUUGACCGCUACUCCAAGUCGAUGCGCCCCAUCCGCGACAUGCCGGCAUACUGCAACCUCCGCAUGUUCAAGGCCGGCAUCAAGCCGCUGUGGGAGGACCCGCGCAACGUCAACGGCGGCCGCUGGCUCAUCAAAUGCGGCAAGAACCGCGGCCUCAUCAAGUCGGUCUGGCAGGACGUCACCAUCGCCGCCGUCGACGACUCGUUUGUUCACCUCGACUUUAUCUCGGGCAUCACCCUCCAGAUGCGCGCCCGCAAGGGCAACUCAGUCGCCAUCUGGUCCAUGGACGCCUCGCGCCUCGACGUCGUCGAAGAGGUCCGCGCCUACCUCCUCAACCUCCUCGCCCCGCACGGUAUCAAGUCCAUCGACCACCAGGACAUGCGCACCGCCCUCGACUACAACGAGGCCUUUGUGCCGCAGCCAAAGGCCACAAGCUCCUCGCCAACACGCUCCGACAAGCCCGCGCGCCGCGUCUCGGCCGAGCAAUGA